UCCGCUUUCAUUCUUCUCUUCCCCUCGGCUUCGAGGGUUAUUUUUAUUUCUUUCUUUCCUUUUUUCGUUUUUAUUUUCUUUUUAUUUUCUUUUUUCUUCCUUUUCUCGUUCCCCCGUUGGGGUUUUGAGCUCCGACGAACCCUAAUAAUCGCCGGGGACCGGCGGCCGAUCGCCCGCCGGCAUGCACCAUCAGCAGCGGAUGAAGCAGGCGGCGGCGGCCGCGGCCGCGGCGCAGCAGCAGCAGCUGAUGCAGCAGGCACUGCUCCUGCAGCAGCAGCAGCAGUCGCAGGCGCAGCCGCCCUUGUUCCCCGGGCACCACCCGCACCCCGGCCUCCUCGCCGCACCACAGAUAGAGCCCAUAGUCAGUGGAAACCUGCCUCCUGGGUUUGAUUCAAGUACAUGCCGCAGCGUGUAUGUUGGCAAUAUCCAUCUUCAAGUGACGGACACAGUACUGCAGGAAGUCUUCCAAAGCAUUGGUCCAGUAGAAGGGUGCAAGCUCAUCAGAAAAGAAAAGUCAUCCUUUGGUUUCAUUGACUACUAUGACCGCAGAUAUGCUGCACUAGCAAUUUUAUCUCUCAAUGGCAGACAACUGUAUGGUCAGCCGAUUAAAGUCAAUUGGGCAUAUACAAGUACUCCGAGGGAGGACACAUCAGGUCAUUUUAAUAUUUUUGUUGGGGAUCUUUGCCCGGAAGUCACUGAUGCUACUUUGUUUGCAUUUUUCUCUGGAUACUCUACUUGCUCAGAUGCUAGGGUUAUGUGGGACCAGAAAACAGGACGAUCCAGAGGGUUUGGUUUUGUUUCUUUCAGGAACCAGCAGGAUGCUCAAAGUGCGAUAAAUGACUUGAAUGGGAAGUGGCUUGGGAACCGUCAAAUUCGUUGCAAUUGGGCAACGAAAGGUGCUAAUGCUGGUGAAGAGAAACAGAUUCUGGACACUAAGGUUGACCUGUCAAAUGGUUCAUCAGAAUCUGGAAAAGAGAAUCCAAAUGAAGAUGGUCCUGAAAAUAACCCUCAGUUUACUACUGUUUAUGUUGGCAAUCUUCCUCACGAGGCUACCAUGAAUGAUGUGCACCUGUUUUUCCAUUCACUGGGGGCUGGUUCAAUUGAGGAAGUCCGUGUAACUCGUGAUAAAGGCUUUGGCUUUGUGAGGUACAGCACCCAUGAGGAGGCUGCAUUGGCAAUUCAGAUGGGUAAUGGCCAACUUAUUGGCGGGAGGCAGAUAAAGUGUUCCUGGGGAAGCAAGCCGACUCCACAAGGGACAGCAUCCUUGCCUCUGCCUCCUCCAGCACUGGCACCAUUCUCCACUGGAGUGUCGGCCACCGACUUGCUGGCCUACCAGCGCCUGGCUCUGAGCAAGAUGGCCUCGAACCACCCAGCCCUAAUGGGUCAGCACUCCUUGAAGCAGGUCGCUGCAUUGGGGAUUGGCGGCGGAGCCAGCCAGUCCAUCUAUGAUGGCGGCUUCCAGGGCAUCAAUACUGUCACCGGCACAACUUCCGCCCAGCAGCAGCAGCAGCUCAUGUACUACUAGAGUACUACUACUCCAUGAGGCACCCAGCUACCUAUCCCUUCAAGAGGAAGGCGAGGAUGAAUGGAUGAUGCCCCUUACUAUACCCCUAUACAUAUAGUAGAUGAUGAAGUCAUUACUAGGACCUUUUUUCCCUAAUCUUUUUAAGACCCAUCUAAGUAACAUGUCCUCUCUAUGCUAGCUAUAUAAUUGUGUAUUUCUGGAUACAUAAAGCCAAGGUUCUUAGUAGUAUAAUCUUCUGUGUUUGACCAUCUUUUAUUGUGAUGUAUGGAUUUUCGUUGGCAAUUACCGUAUGUCACUGGAUAGGGGUGGUAAUGGAUCGUGAUCCAAAUGCUUCUUCACAAUAUUGUAGAGUCCUAAAUAAAUUUCAGUUUAAAAA